ACGCAACGAAUGGUGAAUCAUUUUUGUGUCGGCAAUCGACGGACGCAUGCAAGACAAAGAGGAGAGCGACAACACUACAUAUAUAUAUUCGCUCAUGCGUCCCUUUUAGCUAGCCCCGGCUCGACCGCGCCUUCUUUUGAGGGCCUGCAUGAACAACAGAAUAACGAGCAACGGCAUCGAUAGCAAAUGUGUGUCUGCAGUGCUCUGGAGCCCUGUGCACUUACUGACCCCAGAAGGGUUGAGGAUUGGGCAUCCACCUGGGCUGUGCCUGCGAUGACGCAUCCCUGUCCUCGCGUAUGCACGAGCCCAUCAGUGUGCUGACGUCCUUGUGCAGAGAGAAGUCGAUGCCCUCCGUCCUGACAGAGACACCGACAGGGAGCGCCUUGCCGUCAGUGAGGCGUGUUGGUUUGCUCUCGCUUACAUGAUGUCCUUUUGGAGCAGAGCGUGCUUGGUGUUCUUGGGGGGGUGCUCCUGUGCAGCAGAGGCCAAUCAACAUAUCAAGUCAUAUGUACACACAAGAAUGGCCGUUGGUUUAUGGCCCGCCCACCCCCCACGCACCUUUGCCCAGGACCGUAUGAGAUCAUGCACCACAGUGGGUGGCGCAUCCGUCUGCAAUUGAAUGACAUCAUGACAUGACAGACACCCACGUGUGCAAUGAAUGCCAUCUCCCUUGCGCGUGACUCCUCUCAGCUACCUUGAUGGCCUGUGGCUCUCUGUGGAAAUGUGACACGCGAUACCCGAGAUGCAGCAAAGCCGACCUGCUCGUCGCAACCAGCCCAUGUUUGUGACGCGGGCGGGCAAUGUGUGAGUUUUCGUCUCUCACUUGAAUGCCUUCAGGGGUAUAACUUGCAGCUUGAUCUUCGCACAGAGGGAAGGCAGAUGGUAGAACAGCGGCAAAUCAAACCACUCCUGCAGAACACAGGGAACCACCGGAUGGGUGCGUGUAUGCUGUCGACCAGUCCGUCGCUCACCUGUUGGACGGCCCCCAGCAUCCCCUUGAUGCGUGGCGUCUGCGUCAGGCCAUCCAGUGUGUCACUGUCGUCGGCAUCGGCAGCCUUGCACACCUCCAGACACAGAGAGACGAACUCCUGCUCACACUCAAAACCAAGGGGAGCAUUCACCGGCGAUCAGGUUUCGCUUCGUCUGGUUUUUGUGAUGAUUACCUCUUGGUAGAGCGGCCCCAUGUACGCCGGCCCUCCAAUCGUGUACCGGCCGCCACACUCGCCACACGUGCCACCUGCACACGAACGAUCGACAGGCAGAGAGUCGCACAUUGCACGCCUUGCACUGUCUUUCGCGUGGGUUUCACCGAUGUGUGUGGGCAUGUGUGGCGCUUUGAAGCGGUCGGGGCCCUGCGGAUUCUUGCUGGGGACAGUCUCGCCAAGAGGCACGACAUGAAAGGUGUCACACUGCACACACUGAAAAACCUGGAGAGAGAGAUAUAGAGAGAGAGAGAGAGACUUACAGCAGCGCAUUGUCAGGCUGAUUUGAUCUCACCAGGCCCGUUUCCUUGCAGAUGUUCUUCGUCUCGGCAGAUGAGUUGCGGAUUUGGACGAACACCUGCAUACGCAAACAUAUAUAGAGACACGUGAAUGUCCAGGUUAUAUGCGCCUGCUUACCCGGACGUAAAAGUCGAUGCUGAACGAUGCGAGCGGCACGACCGACCGCUUGUACCGCCCAGCACUCGUGCGAAUCGCAUGCAGCACCAGCCUGUCAUCACAGAGAGUGAGAGGAAGGGCAUCCUCUCAAUCCAUCGGAUGGGUCGUCGACAGGACGAGAGUCACCUGAGUGCCAUCUCGUGGACGUAUCUGGCCUUGAGUGCCGUGCCGCCAUAGCGGGAGAAGGUGACCUCAGGCGUAUUGCCCGCCAACACGGGCAUGUCGGUCGACGUCACGCACAACAUGCCUGCGCACACGAUUCCAUAAAGCGAAGGAGGUGUGUGAGGCGGUGGGUGGGGGAUCUGACCUCCGUCCUUGACGGCCUGCACGGCGGCAUCGAGGAAGGGGGAUGCCGAGCCGUAUGGGUCGAUGUCGAUGAUAUCAAGAUUGUCGGCACCGUUACCCUUCCCCUGCUGUUGCCCGCGCCUCUUCCACAUGUACAUCAGCACCGACGCAUCCUCACACUCAACUGAACACAGAAAGCAAAACGAACGGAGUGUAUGUCCAAAUGUCCGUCUGUUUCCCGCUUCCUCUCUCCCUUGGCAGGCGGACCGUGCAUUUGGUCUGGUGAGAUAUUGUUGAUGUGUCUGUUGUGUCUGAUAGUAUCGGCAGCCUUUGGGUCGAUGUCGUUCGCAAUGACGUGCCGCACACAGUGGGGCAGCUCCAGCAGAUAACGGAGGCCCCGCAGUCCACUCGCAGACAGAGGCUCCAGCACCGUCAGCCGGUGCGACUCGGGCACGUCAACCAGACCACGAAAAGCUGCAGCUGGUGGCUGUGCGCGGCUGCCGUGGGCAUCUCCCGUGCCAUUGUGCUGCUCUGUGUCCACUGGCGCUGCAGAGGAUUCGUCUUGAGGUGGAACAGCCGGGCUGGCACCGUCUUGGUCUGGCAAGGGCCCAUCACUGCCAACAGCUGUCCAAGCAAAACGCAGACAGAGUGAGACUAAUGUUUGUAUGUGUUGGUGCGGGCCUGCCUUUCCGUUUGGUGCCUCUGGUCUUUUUGUUGGCCUUGUUAGCCUGCAGCUGCCUCCACCUCAGCUGAUGGUAGGCUUUGAUGCAGAUCACAGACAGAUCCCUGUUCACCUGCAGACAAAUACAGACGACUGACUCACUCAUGGUCCACUCAAUGACUCAUUCACUCAUUCAUUCAUUCAUUGUGAAGUGAUAGUGUCUGCUGUGUGUCUGUGGUCAGAUCGUUACUCACCACCUGUGCGGGGUUAUAGAAGACCUCGUUGGCUGCGCUGACCUCCACCUGCGCCUUGCCCUCGUGAAUCAGCUUCAGCUUUGGCGAAUUGGACGAGCCUGGUGCAGCUGCACCCUGUCCUUCUCCACUGCUUUCCGCCAUCUGUGAUUUCCUCGCGGCCUGC